CCACCCCAACCCCAAACACUAUCAUACAAGGUGUCUGUCAAUCUUUAACUCCACAUUUCAAUUUUAGGGGAGUGGCAGCUGAGGAGUUGGUAGUUAGAUCAGCUAAUAGUACCCCUUGCCUAUUAUUUUCAAGAAAAUUUUCCUUAUAUCUUGUUAGAUAGCAAACUUUCUUUCACAAAUCUCCUUUUUGGGUACACUAUAAAUCCAAAAAAUUCAACCCCAUUUCAAGAUUUUCCCUUUACCCAAACCCCAUUAUCAUAAAGAUUCAUUUUUUUUUCAACCCCAUUUCAAGAUUUUGCCUUUCCCCAAACCCCAUAAUCAUAAAGUUUCAAUUUGUUUUCAAGAAAAAUGAGACCAACUACAGUAUUUGGUGGAGUGUUCUUGUUGUUGGCAGUGUAUUGUGGAUUGGACCCUUUUAAGCACAGUGCAAUUUCUGAGUUCCCAAAUUUUGAGUCUUUUAAGGUUGAGAUGCCAGCUUGGUCUGAAAUCCCAGUUGAAAAAGAUUCUCAAAAUUUGCUUCAGAAAUCUGAAAUUAAGUUCUUGGACCAAAUUCAGGGGCCAGAAAGUAUUGCUUUUGAUCCUCAGGGUAGAGGACCCUAUACAGGGAUAGCUGAUGGAAGAGUUGUGUUUUGGGAUGGUGAGAAAUGGAAUGAUUUUGCUUAUACCUCAGCUAAUAGGUCAAGCUUAUGUGAUCCAAAACCGUCACCCUUGAGCUAUUUGAAGAACGAGCACAUCUGUGGUAGGCCUUUGGGGUUACGGUUUGACAAAAGAGCAGGUGACUUAUAUAUUGCAGAUGCAUAUUUGGGGUUAAUGAAAGUAGGCCCUGAAGGUGGAUUAGCAGAAUCUUUGACAACUGAGGCUGACGGGGUGCCUAUAGGAUUCGCAAAUGAUUUGGAUGUUGAUGAUGAAGGGAAUGUUUAUUUUACGGAUAGCAGCACAAAGUACCAACGCAGGAAUUUUAUACAGCUGGUUUUCUCGGCAGAAGAUAGUGGGAGGGUUCUCAAAUACAACCCUAGGACAAAAGAAACCACUGUUCUUAUUAGCAACCUUCAAUUCCCAAAUGGUCUGUCACUAAGCAAGGAUGGUUCCUUCUUUAUAUUUUGUGAAGGUUCCAAGGGCAGGCUACGAAAGUACUGGCUGAAAGGUGAGAAAGCCGGGACAUCAGAAGUAAUAGCAAUCCUCCCUGGAUAUCCAGACAACGUAAGAGCAAACGAUAGAAACGAGUUUUGGGUAGCAAUCCACUGUCGUCGUACCAUUUACAGUUACAUAAGCUCCAUAUACCCUCAUCUCCGUCACUUCUUGCUGAAACUUCCCAUCUCUGCAAAGCUCCAAUACCUCAUUCACAUUGGUGGCAAGUUCACUGCAGUCGUCGUGAAGUAUAGCCCCGAGGGAAAGCUGUUGCAGAUAUUGGAAGAUCGACAAGGGAAAGUCGUUAGAGCUGUCAGCGAGGUAGAGGAGAGGGACGGGAAGCUUUGGAUGGGAAGUGUUCUGAUGUCUUUCAUAUCAGUUUAUCAACUAGAAUGAACUCUUGAGCUUUUUGCUUUUGCUUUGUUUCAUCAUCAAUUACUUCUCUUUUGGAAAAGACUCAUUUUACUUGAGAGAGUUGUUUGUAGCAUAUAUUUUAAAAAAUAAAGAUUUGAUAGUGGCGUACACAA